UAUCAUGAUUACAGACUGAUAAUUGAUUGUAAUCUUGUACACGAUUUGUUGGAUUUUAGGCUUUAAGUCACUUAAUAAAAAUGUUCUUGGAAUGCUCAACUGCAAAGUGUGGUUAUUUUCGCAAUUUUGACAUUCAACAUCACAAAAAGACAAAAUCGUUUUCUUAUUCGAUGCUGCGUUUUGUUUACUGUAAAGCUUGUUUCUAAAUCCUUCCAAGACAGACAGACAGAGGAUAGUAAACAAGCAUAUAAAGAUGCCUCUUCCUAAAAAAAUACCGUCAGAUCUUGCUCACAAAAGCGGCUGCGUUGGUCGUGUCUACGCGAACCGAUACAAAGUUGUUAAGCGUUUAGGAUCGGGUAGUUUUGGAACUGUUUAUCUUGUUGAAGAUUUGAGAUGUAAUGGGGAAAGGAAAGUAUUGAAAGAAAUAUCAAUUGGCGAGUUAAAAGAAGAUGAGACAUUUGAUGCGAAAAGGGAAGCUGAUUUGUUGUCAAAGCUAGAUCAUCCUAACAUUGUGAAGUUUCUCGAUAGUUUUGUCUACAUGGAGUCUUUUUGCAUCAUAACCGAAUUCUGUGAGGGUGGCGAUUUGAAUGAUAAAAUAAACUCAUGGAAAAAGGCUGGGCGCACUUUUGAUCAAUCUCUGGUACUAGCCUGGUUUGUUCAACUAUUGUUGGCAAUCCAGUUUAUUCAUAAAAAAAGAAUCCUUCACCGAGAUAUUAAGACAAGGAAUAUUUUUUUAAAGAACAACAUGAUAAAGAUAGGAGACUUUGGGAUAUCGAGGAUUUUGAUGGGUACAUCAGAUAUGGCCACCACAUUCACUGGCACAGCGUACUACAUGAGUCCCGAAAUUCUCAGGCAUGAAGGAUACAAUUCUAAAUCAGAUAUAUGGUCUUUGGGUGUUGUGCUGUAUGAAAUAUGUACAUUGAGUCGGGCGUUUGAAGGAAAGAAUCUCCUAGGUGUUAUGUACAAAAUUGUAGAAGGAGAAGCACCUCAACUUCCCGAUACUUUUGAACCAAAACUACGAAGCAUUUUUGAAAGUAUGUUGAGUAAAAAUCCAGUACAAAGACCUUCGGUGUCGGAGAUACUCACAAAUCCCUACAUAUCAACAUUGGUCAAGGAUAUCAAAAGAAAGAUGGAAGAAAGCAACAGGAGCAAUUUCGUUGAAAGUGGAAGCACAAAAUCAAGGAAUGUAGACCAUACUCCGCACUUUUCUCCAUUAAAAAGGCCAAUGACGCCAUUAGAGAAAAUGAGAUUGCGAAAACAAGAAAGAGCUGAUGCCCAAGCUGAAAGACUAAAACAAGUGACGGCCCAGAAAUAUGCGGAGAGCAGGCGAAAGUAUUCAAACGUAAAAAGAAAACAGUCAUUGUCGAGUGUGGGCCUGCCUUGGGUCAAGGAACAUCCUGAUGUAUUUCAUAAUAUACCUGAUUAUCCUGAAACUGAUGCUGAAUGCUCCGGAUCAACAGCUUGCCAGUUUGGAACACGUGACGUCAGCUUGAUCAACAGCAGUUCGGAUAGCGGGCUUUUUCCAAGCGAUCAUGAGGAAGAGCCUGGUAGUGAAUUUGACCAUGAACUUAAAACUGAAGGGCUACAUGACGACACGUCAGAGUUGACGUUGACAAACGUUUCGACGAUUCCAGAAGAUGAUCUGGAAGCGGAGACAUACUACUCUCAAUUCGACAACGAGUUCGAAGAUUAUGAGGAUAGCGGGGGAUCCGAAGGAUCAGAUGAGGAUGAAGAUGAGCACAAUGCGUUUAUCGAUCAACUUCAGGCCGUCCUGGAGCUUGACGCGCAAGAAACCAUGGAGGACGAGACCAUCGAGGAAAGAUUUACACUUAUAUCAAGGCAACAAAAAGUUGUUCAACUAAGACGAGAAUGUAUCAAAGUUUUUGGUGAGAAGACUUUCCUCGAUGUUUACCGCUACUUGACGGAGAUUCGCUUUAAUUCUGAGGAGAAAGUGGACGAACAGUUGAUAUUUGAAGGUCUUCGAAAAUUUGUAGCCCAUCCAACGGACUGCUUUCUUGUCGAUCAACUACUUUUCCUAGAAAAACAAAUGGAAAUUUCUGCUAGCAUUUGAAAACAAUGCUUUUGUAAGAAGAAAAUUGAAAUCAUAAUGUAAAUUUCAGAGGGACCGUAGAGCUGGGCGACCAUGAACCGCUUUUUUUCAUGGACAAGUGAUUUAUCGGUUGAAAUUCAUCUUCCCACUUAAAGAGUAUACUUUCAUACUCUUCUGCAAUGCCGCCUUCUCUUUUGGUUAAAAUUGGUUAAAAUUUAUAUGACAUAGUUAAACAUUUUGUAAUUUUUCAUGUAAAUAUAAAUUUGUAUAAAUUACAAUUCAUCUUGCCGAAGAAAUAA